AGUUUCAUUUUUAUUGCUAUCAUAGACUACCCUGACAAAAAGCAACUCAGCAGAGAAAGACCUUGUAGCUCACAAUGGCAGGUUACAGUUCACCACUGGGGAAGCUACAGAGGCUGGAACUCGAGCCAGUUGGUCAUAUUGUAUCCACAAUCAGGACCAGAACGACUAUUUAUUGAUUAAUUUUAAUUGACAAAAUUAUGAGUAUUAAAAGAAUAUAAGUAAUUUACCAUACUCUUUUACUUACUGCCUAAAGAGAAGAAUAAAUGAAAAAUUAUUAGGUAAGACCUUACAUAAAACAUUAUAAUACAUUUCUUUUUUAAAAAGUUAUUUUAUUUUAUAUGUAGUGUAUUGCCUGCAUGUAUGUAAGUGCACUGUCAUGCGAUGCCCGUGGAGUCAGAAGGCGGUGUUCGUGUUCUUAACCUCUUAGCAAUCUCUUCAGCCCCUGACAAAUACAAUUCUAAGUCAUAAUGUAUGUGUAUGAUUUUUUUUUUAUUUUAGGUUACCUGUGUUUGAUUUGAAAGAAAUAAUGACUCAUCUAAAGAUACACAGUUCCGUCCAAAUCUGGACCGAGAAAACUGGGAUGUCCGAGAUGAAAGAAGCAUUCAUUGAAACGGUCCAAGGAGAAAAGGGACAUAAUCUAGUCGUUUCAUUCAAAUUUGGAGAAAUGAGGAUUUUUCCGCUGAGUAAUAACAUUUCAAGCGUAGUGGUUAGAUACCGCGGAGAGGGAACACACUGCCUGCGCUUGACUUUGAAAAACAAUACUUGCUUAUUGAUUGAAAAAUUAUCAUACAUAGACAUUGAACAGUUGAAGUCAUUCCUGGAUGGUUUUCAUCCAAACAGAUUUCAACCAUUCAUGGAACCCAAGAGUAAUCGGAAUGCUCUUGAAAUCAGAAAUACAUACAACAUAGGUAACAAAAUUGUAUUCUCCAAAACAAAUGACAAGUCAGUGUAUGGGCCCUUCAACACCACAAAGGAAAGUGAAACACUUGUCCCUCAGAAGAUGCCCUUCUUUGAGUCAAACCCACCAGCCAAUCCUGUUAAGAGAGAAAGGACAGGUGAGAAGAAGAUGGUGUUGUCAUCCAGUUUAGAAAUGAAUGGGGACAUCCGGCAAGAACACAACCAUGGACUACAAAGGAAAUCCAAGAGACAGCGCUCAAAAGGUAAAAACCUAAGAGAGAAAUCCAUGACUUUAAGGAGUCAGGAGAGUCACAGAAAUUUGAAGCCUGGACCUUCCUUCAAUCCCUGCUCACAGGGAAAGCCUGACCUAGAGGAGACUGUUCCAACCCACACUCUCUCUGAUGCAGUAAGUUGGGUACUUCAGUAUGAAUCAAACCCUUGCCAGGAAAUCCCAGUAUGUAACACUGGUGCCCAAGAUCCCCUGGACAUGCAUCAAAGAGAACCUCAACAUACAGGCUUCCCCAAUUUGGGAAACACCUGUUACAUGAAUGCAAUUUUGCAGUCCCUCUAUGCAAUUCCAUCAUUUGCAGAUGACUUACUUAAACAGGGUAUUCCGUGGGAGGAAAUUUCUCCAGAUGAUUUUAUCUUACCCUUCAGCCAGCUUCUUGUUUUGAAAGAUAUAUGUGAGGUAAAGAUCAAGGCAGAAUUACUCCUACAGGUGAAGAAUUCCAUUUCAGAAGUUUCAGAUACAUUCCUGGGCAACAUGCAAAAUGAUGCUCAUGAAUUUCUAGGUCAGUGUUUUGAAGAGCUGAAAGAGAACAUGGAAAAACUGAAUGCCAUCUGCAAUACCCAGAGGGAAACUGAGGUUGAAGUGCCAUCUCCAAGGAUGAGUGCUGGUACUUCUGGGAACAAAGGGUUUGUUUGCCCUGUUCUUACUAAUUUUCAGUUUGAGUUGAAUAUCUCCAUUAUUUGUGAAGCCUGUGGUAAAGUCACUCCUAAGACAGAAGUGAAUAAUUACCUCUCCAUCAACCUGCAGCAAGAAACACAAUUGCACCUCCUUUCAAUUCAAAAUAUCUUUGAUCUCUACUUUGUACCAGAACAAGUUGAACAUAACUGUGUGGAGUGUAAGAACAAGACUUCUAUCUUCAUCUCCAAGCUGAGCAGGCUCCCCAGGGUCCUCACUGUACAUCUGAAGCGCUAUAGCUUUGAUCAUAAUUGGUUACUAGUGAAGAAUGAGCAGCCGGUGGAGAUUUCCAAGUAUCUGAGUAUAUCAGACCACUGCAGUGGACACACGAGACCACCAAUUCCCUUGGCCAACAGCCCACUUGCUGGAGACAAUGUACCAGGUGUGAAUGCCGAAUUACGAGACUCCCAGAGACUGUGUGAAAGAGCAAACAAAGAGCAGCAGCAGAGAGAGCCGGACAGUGAUUCCGAUCUGGAACAGGAACUGGUAAACACAGGAGACAAGAUAAUUUUACUGACUAAAAAGACCUUGGCAGCCUCUGACUCAGUGAUGGACGAGGAAGACAUCUUCCUUCCUGUGAUCCCACACCCAGGACUUGCAGAUAUAGGUCUUCAAAAAGUACCUGAACAUCCAGAACUUAAGAAAUACAAAAACACAUCUACAUCUAGAGAUAGUAGAUGUACAUCUAGAGGCAGUCGUCAGACUACCACUGAAAGGAAAAACACGGUCGUUGAUGUCAAUGAUCCAAACAAUGUGAAGACAGGAGAUGAUGCUUACAAUUAUAGACUCAUCAGUGUCAUCAGUCAUGUUGGGAGCUCCAAAAAUGUUGGUCAUUACAUCAGCGAUGUGUAUGACUUUCAAGAUCAAAUGUGGCUAACCUAUGAUGACUUACAGGUGACAUCAGUUCUAGAAUCCUUCAUGCGACAGUCCAGGAUCAGCUCUGGCUACAUUUUCUUUUACAUGCAGAAUGAGAUUUUUGAGGCGCUGUCGAAAAAGACAGCAGAUUCCAUUCCAAGAGAGGAAAAUUCCCUUCUCAGAAUGGCCUGAUGACUUUUCAUUACAGACAGAUAAUUCUGAGCCCUGCGCAGCUCAUGAUGAAAAUUCGACAGAUAAGGAGGACAGAAACUCAGGGAAUGCACCAUCCUCCUCCAAGGCUACCAUGGUGCUUCCCAUGUUUUUUAUUUUUAAUCUUUUCAUGGAUGUUUAUUGGUAAAGAUUUAUCAAUUUGAGAUAUUUCCUAAGCGCUUACUAGGGGGAUUUGAGAGAUGGCCCAGUGAAUGAGAGCAGGUACUGGUCCUGCAGUUUCCAGGAUGCGGGUUCAGUUUCUGGUACCCAUGUUUGGGCAGCUCACAGCAGCAGCCUGUAACUCCAGCUCUGAGGGAUCCAAUGUCCUUUUCUGAACGUAACAGGCUCUGCAACCACUCAUGUACAUAACCACACACAGACACACGUGUACACAUAAUUCUUUUUCUUUGGUCUUGAGACAGGGUCUCCCUGUAGCCACAGCUGGCCUGAACUUGCUACGUACACCAGACUGGUUUUGAACUCCAGGGAUUCGCCUGCCUCUGCCUCCCGGGUGCUGGGA